AGAUGCCUCGCACCCGAAUUGUGGCACGUCGUCAGGCGCAGCGCAAGAUAGCUGACCAAGAGGAGAAGGUGCGCCUGGCUAAUAUCAAGGCCGAAGCCGCACUGGAGAAGAUAGAUGAGUUUGAGAAGCGCGUCAAGCAGCAGGUGGACACCCAAAUAAAGCUAAUUCACGCCCGGACUGAUAAGCAUUUGCUGAAAAUGAAAUGGUCUGAGUUUGUGGAUCUGAAGCUGAAAUAUUUCACCGACUACAAGUGGAAGGUUCCCGAGCCACCAGGCAGCCGAGUACGCAGCAACUCGAUCAGCAGCGAUCGCGGACGAUCCCGCACUCCCCAGCUCUCCCAGCUGCCGCGCCCAAUCGUACAUUCCUUGGACAGAGGACAUUUGAUGAGUGGAGCAACCCCCCAAAAAGUUCCACCCAUGACCUUCGUACGUUGGCCGCGCGCCGGCGAGUUGGUGCUGUCCAGCGGCGGCAGCCCGCUGGCUAUCCAGGCUCCACAGCGGGAGAACUGUGCCGAUGUGCACAUACCCACCAAGAAGGGCGUGAUCACAGUGAAGCCCCUUAAAAUCGAGCAGGUGACCCGGGAGGUGCUCAUGCAACUGGACGCGAAUACACUCAACCAAGUGAAGACUUUGAAGGCUAAUCUGGGAGUAAUUGUGGAUAUGGCCACCAAAAUGGGCAAGAUGUAGAAUGGAUGGCUGGAGAUCGGAAUUAACAAUGACAGUCUGCGCCCUGGAUCUCGACUCCGGACACCCCCAUAACGAAUAAACAAUACCCAACAAAGGCGUAUGUGAAGAAUGAGUGGAUAAUACAUAUUCCUAAGUAUUAAAUAAUCUUCAAUAGUUAAAGAAUAGAGAAUUCAUAUGUGACAAUUUGAA